UUUGCUCUUUAUAUCUCAGCAAUUUUGGCUUGGAUUACAAGAAAUAAUUCACUAACAACUUUACAUCUCUGUCUCUCGUUUGGUUGCUCAGAAAAUUUUAAGAACUGAAGAAUGGGUCAAGCACUUGGUUGUGUUCAAGUGAAGCAGUCAAAAGUUGCUGUCAGGGAGCAAUUUGGGAAAUUUGAUGAUGUUCUUAAACCAGGAUGCCACUGCAUGCCCUGGUGUUUCGGGUACAAGGUAGCCGGUGAGCUCUCUCUGCGUGUGCGGCAACUUGAAGUUCGAUGUGAAACCAAAACCAAGGAUAAUGUGUUUGUGAAUGUGGUUGCGUCGAUUCAAUAUCGCGCCUUGCCAGACAAGAUACCGGAUGCUUUCUACAAGCUCUCGAACGCCAACUCACAGAUUCAGGCCUUUGUAUUUGAUGUUAUUAGGGCAAGUGUGCCGAAAUUGGAGGUUGAUGCCGUCUUUGAGCAGAAGAGUGACAUAGCGAAAUCUGUUGAGGAGGAGCUUGCAAAGGCGAUGUCUGCUUAUGGUUUCGAAAUAGUAGAGACCCUUAUUGUGGAUAUUGAGCCGGAUGUUCAUGUGAAGAGAGCGAUGAAUGAGAUCAAUGCAGCUGCAAGGCAGAGGUUGGCCGCGAAAGAAAAGGCUGAAGCGGAGAAAAUCCUACAGAUCAAGCGAGCGGAAGGAGAGGCGGAAGCCAAGUUCUUGGCAGGGCUUGGCAUAGCGCGCCAGCGCCAGGCCAUUGUUGACGGGCUGAGGGACAGCGUGCUUGUUUUCUCCGAGAAUGUUCCCGGAACAACAGCCAAGGAUGUCAUGGACAUGGUUUUGGUGACUCAAUACUUCGACACCAUGAAGGAGAUUGGAGCAUCCUCAAAGUCAUCGUCUGUUUUCAUCCCGCACGGGCCAGGCGCGAUCAAGGACGUUGCUUCGCAGAUUCGAGAGGGUCUCCUUCAAGCUGAUCAUGCCAAGGCAUAGAGAGUGAGAGAGGAAAAAACUCCUUGGGAAAUAAAUUAUCUGCAAUGCUUGCAUAUUAUUAUGGAAGGUGUGCUUAAAUUAUUCAUAUGAAGAACAAGUUGUGUACUUUACCCAGUACUUACAUAUCAUAAGUUGGCGACUGAGUGCGAUUUAUUA